AUGGUGGAAAAUGGUCAAUGGUCAAGAGAAGUCAACCUGACAAAAUGUAUCACAGACGAAGAGAAACCAUUUCUAAUCUUUGCUGAAAUUCUGGAAACUGGUGCAGGUCGACGGGCUGAAGCAAAGCUUGAAAUUGAUCCCGGUGAACCAGGAUUUGAUUUAAUACCAUUACGGCCUGGAUUUACUUUGGAGAGCCAGUACGUGCCAGUAUAUCAUUUUUUGUCAAUGCUUUUGGACAAUAGCGUCGAUGGUGGUGAUGACAGUGAUUAA